AUGCUUCACUCGGGGGAAACGGAGGGGCCGGAGUCGACCCUCUUGUUUCAGCGCAUCACCUGCUCCCCUCUCCCCUUCCCUCCCUGCGGGGAAAGGAGCGAGCUUUUCGGGGAAAACCCCCCCGAGGAGAAACUCCCUCCCAUUGAUUUUAAACACCCCCCCCCCCGGGGUGUGUUGACAGGGGGAUGUGCCUGCACAGCCCGGGGCAGGCUCCCCCUCCCCGGCUUCCCCGCUCCUAUAAUUUAUCUGGGGCGGAGGCGAAGAGCUGAAGUCAUCGGGCAGCGAGCGAACACGCAUAUUUUGGGGGGGCACCCCCCCCCCCGCGCCGCCGCCGCCUUGGGGCACCCGGGGCAUCACCCCCCUGCCUGCGCCGCCACCGCCUACACCGUCAGCGACCACCGGAGGUUUCACUGCCUCGGCAUGGGAGGGUCGGAUUCCAGCCAAAUUCAAAACGGGAAAAGGAUGAGGACGGCUUUCACCAGCACCCAGCUCUUGGAGCUGGAGAGGGAAUUCUCUUCCAACAUGUACCUGUCCCGGCUGCGGAGGAUCGAGAUAGCCACCUACCUCAACCUCUCCGAGAAGCAAGUGAAAAUCUGGUUCCAAAACAGGCGGGUGAAACACAAGAAAGAAGGCAAAGGCGCCCAGCGAAACUCGCACGGGGGCUGCAAGUGCAGCACCAGCCAGGGGCAUUACCCCAGGUCGGAGGAUGAGGAGUCUCUGUCCCCUUCAUCGGCUACCGAGGAUAAGGAGAUCUCCCCGUUAUAA